AUGGGUAAUAAAAGUACUUCACCACAUUUAAAUAAGACUUCUUCAUUAAAUGGAUAUGAAAAAAGUCGUUUUAUUCAUCAAACCAAUUUCACAAAUAACGACGAUGCCGAUAAUAGUUUAGACAAUUCAUCAAAUCAAAGUUAUAAUGGUAAAAAAUAUGGUCCAUCGCCUCGUUUUCGACGACGUCAUUCAAAACAGAUAGAUCUUGAUAAAAAAGGCAAAAACCCUCAGCCAGUAUCUUCAUAUCUAAACGUCAGUCUUCAAUCAAUUGGUGAUCGAACAAUUAGUUUAUUUUCUCGUAGCUUUAAUUUUCUUCAACAAUCAUCUUCCUCAUCACCAGUAUGUGAAUCAAAAACCAAUAGUCACGAUUUACCAUUAACGAAUGAACAUGAUAGUGACCAGAAUAUUAGUUCACAAUCAGGUGUAUAUCGAAAUCAAUCUCGCCGUAAAUAUCAAACAUCGUCAUUAAGAAAUCCAUAUCGACGGUCAAGCACUAAUUUUCCUGUUCGUGGACAUGAAGCGAUGUUUUUACCUGAAUUUUCAAUCAAAGGAAAAAUUACCGAAGCAGAUUUCGAUGUCAUUGAUAUUAUUGCACGAGGAGCAUUUGGAAAUGUUAUAAAAGUUUGUUCAAUACAUGAGAAAAAAGUUUAUGCAAUGAAAAUUAUGAGUAAAUCACAAAUUGUUAAAGACAAUGCUGUUCAACAAGUCAAAGAUGAAGUGACUAUAGCUCAAUCGUGUCUUUCACAUCCAUUUAUUGUUCAUACAUAUUGCUAUUGGCAAUCCCGUCGGUAUUUAUAUAUAAUAACUGAUCAUGUUCAAAAUGGUGAAUUACUAUCAUUAUGGUUACGUAUACGUCGUUUUCCUGAGAUGAUUGUCAAAAUUUAUAUAGCACAAGUAGCUAUGGUACUUGAUUAUUUACAUAGUAAAGGUAUCAUAUAUCGAGACGUUAAAAUGGAAAAUAUUCUAUUGGAUGAAAAAGGAAAUAUUCAAAUCAUUGAUUUUGGUUUAUCAAAGUGGCUUUCAUUGGGACAAAAAACAACGACCAUAUGUGGAACAUUACAGUAUAUAGCACCUGAAGUCCCUAGUGUUAGACCUUACGAUCAUCGUGUUGAUUGGUGGAGUUUAGGUAUAUUAAUGUAUGCAUGCUUAUUUGGUGAAUAUCCUGUAUCAGCUACCAAAGAUCAUUUAUCAAUGGCAAAUAAAGUAUUAAAUCAUAAAUUUAAUUUUCCAUUAAAUGAACUUGAAAAUAAAUCAGAUAUCAAAGAAUUACUUUAUAGUCUCUUAGAAAAAGAUCCAAAUCAACGUUUAUGUUCCCUAGAUGAAUUACGCCAAACAUUAUUUAUGUCAAAUGUUAAUUUUGAUCGUAUUUAUUCGAAAUCUUAUUCUCCUUUAUUAAUUUUAAUGAAUGCAAAAAUUGAAUGGUAUAAUGAAUUAAAACAACACUAUAAUUAUUGUAAAAAAGAAAAAAUGAAUACAAAUGGAAAUAUGUGUUAUUCAUUGCUAUCAUCACAAAACAAAAUGCACUAUGAAAAUAUUGAUAAUCGUUUUAGUUCAGAAUGA